AUGCCAUCGAUAGUCGAGGAAGGGUGACCUGGACACGGAGGAGCCGUCGCCGGGGACGGUGGUAACGAACGAACCUGGAGUGCGUGAGGGGCGAUCGGGGUCGUGGACUUGCUGGCCUCUCGUCGAAUUUGGGACUCUGUAAUUUCGAUCAGGCCUUGGCUCUGCAGCGAGACGAGAGGGAGCGCACGCAGACGCACACUUCUCAUACAAGACGUCGGUCUGAAGCACUUGAUGAACGACGACGGGUGGUAGCAGUGUUGGUGGUGGUGGUGGUGGUGGUGGUUCAGAAUGGGGACUCAGUGUUCUAGCUAUGUUUUCUUCUUCGGGUUGGUUUUGAUUUCCUGCGCUGUCCAAGCUGCACAUGUCGGUCCGGAGUUUACUGAUUGGUCUUCUAUUACGAAGCUAGAAAACGCUUUAAGAGCAGCAACUGCACUUCCACUGUCCUCUCAAAAGCUUAUUUUGAACAAAAUCGGGGAUGCUCUAGUUGGUGUUGGAGGAGGCCCUCGCUGCAAUGUUUUUGGAGGUCUUGAUUCUUGUGUUGCAGUACCAGAAGACUCGGAUUAUGCCAAGUUGUGCAGCUCCUUUAAUAAGCGUGUGGACUGCGCGUUUGAGAUGGAGGCACUUGAAGGGAUACACAAAGACCCAGACUCCGUAAUGAAAGCUAUACUAACGAAAGACAAUGGGGAUCCUCCGUGUCCCAAAUGUUAUGCUGCACUUCAUCAGUUCUGGUGUGCCCAAACUGUGCCUGCUUGUGGGACAUUCGACAAAGUCGUGGAUGAAAUUCUGCCGAUGAUAUCGUCAGUUGCAUUGAAGAAGUUGACACCAGUCUCAGCAUUACAGUUGGCAGUACCGCGAAUGCUUCAAACUGCCAGUCUUGGGUUACCCUGCAGGAAAAUGUGUAACGCCGUAACACAAACAUGUGGCUGUGGUCAGGCAGCAACUUUUGGAGAGGUCAUGAAAAGUAUUCAGGAGAGAACCUCAGACGGGUUCAGUACGAACAUGUCAGUAUCUACUGCCAAAGAGGUUUUCCAAAACAUAUGGGACAAGCCAGUUUGUGAUCUCUUUGCCGAAGAGUCCGUGCCUGGGUUUGUUGGUAUAUGUGAUGGGCCUUCCGAAGAGCCAAAUUGCGCCUGGUGCAGUAAUAAAAAUCAUCCAAGGAAUAUACAUGCUCAAAUUGUGGCACAAAUUGCGCAGACAAUAUCGGGUGUAAUGCAGGGUGGUUUGCAAACAAUUCUUGGUGAGGCUGGGGGUGAAAAGCACAAGGGUUCCGUGGACACUUGGAAGUGGAACCAGGAAGAAAGACCGGACACGCACAAGAAGCACGGGCAUACAGCAGUUACUUUAAUUCUCUUGUUGCUGCUGGCAGUAGCAGUCGUGGCACUAGUUGCAGCGCUUAAAAUUCAAAGAACUCGACAACAGCCAUCUCAAUAUAUAGACUUAAAUAGCAUGGGUUAUACACCACCCGUAUUAUAGACCGUAUAGAUAGAUAUAGGGUCAGUGUUGACUUAAUUUUUCCUAUAUUGUCAAGUUCUUCCCAUCUCAAGGCUUGCCUCGGCGGAGGGAAAAGAAACUUAAAAACAGAUGACUGAUACACCAGCUUGUCCUCGUCGGACAAUUUCCGGGUGUGAGGUCAAUAAUCAGAAAGAGGUUUAAGUUAGGAAUUUGUAGAUUGACCUUUGUAUAUACAUACAAAGGAAGGUAUGUAUAUUGAGUAGUUACAUCGAAAGUUAACCACAGGUAUCCAGCGUAUAUAUCUCAAAGCAAGUAUGGACAGAAAGUUAUUGGCCUGGAUACAAAUUCUUGUCAGGCAUGCGUCUACAAAAUGCUCGAAUGAAGAUCACUGUAUCGACUUGGAGAGACAUUUGGUUUUGGUUGUUUGAAUGAUUCUUCUUAACAAUGAGGCAAUCAUAGUUUAU